UCUCUCCCCUGUUGCUGUCGCCUCGUCCUUCCCCUCCCUCUCGGGCCUCGAAACCAACACCCAACCGACCCUCCUCCCAUCGCCGGAUCUCGGGAAUCUCCUGCCCCGCGCUCUCUUCUGUUCGCCUCAUCGCAUCUCUCUCCUUCGUGGCUGACUGCCCCAGACUCGCCGAUCCCAUCGCAACCCAACCCAACCCAACUCGACUCAACUAAACAAACAUGGCUGACGGCCCCGUUACCCCCCGCACUGCUGCCUCUCUCCGAAGAAGAGCUGCCCCAAAACCCUCUGCUGCCACUCAACGCCCGCCUCAACAGCCCGGACAGAUGCUGAAGAUGUAUACCGACGACGCUCCUGGAAUUCAAGUUGACCCUGUCGUCGUUCUUGUCGGAUCUCUGACAUUCAUUGCCUCCGUCUUUAUCCUUCAUAUUGUCGGAAAGUUCACCCGAGGUUAAAGCACAUCCUCUCUCGCACAGCAAUACUAUUUCUCUCUCUGUCCAACCCUCGCUCUCUCGUUCGCUCCG